AGUUUAUUAUUCAUCAAGGUUCAAAGUUAUUCUUCGAAAUUUUUUUGUAUAAUUUUUAAAGAGCGUACUAUAUUUAACUCGGUUUCUUCGCAUGCAUAAAGAACUUUAUGAUAUAUUUUUUUCAUAAACAAACUUUGAAGAUAUUGUGUCAAGAUCUUAAUUAUAUUAUGGCUUUUAUGACAAAUUAUUUUCAUGUAAAUUGAAAAUAUGUAAUUAAUAAAAAACAUCCAAACAUGCAAGCUGUUGCAUUAAGAACUCCAAGAACAAUAUCAGGUGAAGAAUGUUCACCUAGGCAAAAAUCCGAUGUAGGAAAGGCAGCACGGAAAGCAAAACGUGUACGAUUUUUGGUAAACGGUGAUCGUUUUUGCAAAGGUGUUGUUGUAGCUGUUACUAAUGAACGGUACCGUUCAUUUGAUAGCUUACUUGCUGAAUUAUCAAGUACUUUGUCAGAUAAUAAACAUCUACCUAGUGGUGUGAGAACACUAUUUUCAAUUGAUGGACGUAAGAUAUCACAACUUGAUGAUCUUGAAGAUGGCAAAUUUUAUAUAUGUUCUGGUGGUAACAAUACAAUUUUGAAAAAAAUGGAUUAUGCAGCUCUUAAUAAUGUAAAAUCAUCUCGCUCAUUGACUAAAUUACAAGUUAAUCAAUCUAUUAUGAGUAGUCCUAGUAAACAACAAUCACAAUUGAAUAUUAGGCCAAAAAUUAUUUUCGUUGUAAGAAGUGGCACAAGACCACGUAAAAUAAUAAGAAUGCUUCUAAAUAAACGCAAUUCACCAUCGUUUGAACAUGUGCUCUCAUUAAUUACUGAUUCAAUAAAACUAGAUACUGGUGCUGUGCGCAAAGUUUUUGUGUCAUCUGGCAAUCAAAUUACAUUAUUAAAACAAUUUUUUGAAUCUGAUGAUUUAUUUUUUGUUUAUGGAUCUGAACGUAUAUCACAAGAUGAUUUAAAAUUAGAUUUUGAAGAAAUGAAAAUAGUUCAGUCACAUAAGAGAGGAUUAAGGAAACCUGCGAAUGAAUUGAAAAAUGGAACACAUUGCAUGGAUGAGUCAGGAAGACGAGUACCAAGAUUACCAAACACCACCAAAGCCAAUAGAAAUAUAGCUGGAUCUAUUCCUAGCAAAGUUCUUAAUAGGUAUGCUGUUGGCGAUAGACUAGGAGAUGGAAAUUUUGCUGUGGUUUAUCGUUGCUUUGAUAAACGAAAUAAUUCUGAGUAUGCUUUAAAAGUAAUAAAAAAAAUCGAAGCUCCUCAAAUGAGUCAAAUGAUAGAAAAUGAAUUAUCAAUCUUAAAAACUGUUAGUCAUCCAAAUAUUAUUAACUUAAUUUCUGAUUUAGUUACUCUCACUGAUGUCUACUUAAUAACUGAACUCGUCAAUGGUGGUGAUUUAUUUGAAGCUAUUGCUAGAUGCACAGAUUUUUCAGAGCGUGACACUCGAUUAAUGACUAGAAAUUUGGCUUCAGCUUUAGCAUAUCUACAUAGUAUGGAUAUUGUGCAUAGAGAUGUAAAACCUGAAAAUCUUUUAGUUGAAUUUGAUGAAAGAGGCCAUGUGUUACAUUUAAAAUUAGCUGACUUUGGGUUAUCUCAAAAAGUUACUGAACCAUUAUAUAUGGUUUGUGGUACUCCUACUUAUGUUGCACCAGAAAUUCUUACCCAAGAAGGAUAUGGAGUUAAAAUUGAUGUUUGGGCUGCUGGUGUCAUAUUAUACAUUCUACUUUGUGGCUUCCCUCCAUUUGUCAGCGAAAAUAACAGUCAAGAAGAACUGUUUGAUGAUAUUCUUAGUGGGACAUAUGGGUUCCCAGAACCAUAUUGGGACGAUGUGUCAGAUGAAGCUAAGGACUUAGUUUGCUCAAUGUUACAGUCAAAUCCUUGUUUACGUUUUUCUGCUGAAGAUGUACUUGAUCAUCCCUGGUGUGAUGAGUAUGAAUUAUGAUGAACAAAUGUUUUAAAUUAUAUUUUUCCUGCCAUAUUGCUAUUUUGGCCAAAUAUAUAUUAUUGUUCCAAUUUAUAAAGUGCAAUUAGACUUGUAUAAUCUAUCAAUAUUUAAAAUACUUGUAUUUUCAUUUUUAUUUUUAUUUUAGUGUUAUUAAAUUGUAAGGCUAUUUAUUUAGACAAGAACCAUUUAUAUAUUUUUGUUAAUUUUUUAAGCUAUAGUAAAAAUCAUGCCAAAAUAUGUAGACUUCCUUAGUGGUAUUAUUUGUAAAAAUAAAUAAAAUAAUACAUG